AGCUUAAAGCGCUUCCGUCCAUCCCCAAAAACUCGAUUUUCUCUGGGGUUUUCUCCGAAAAUUCGAAUGGAAACUUCAUCCUCUUCGAUUGAUAACCAUAAAAGAAGCUUCCUUUGCCUCCUCUACACCUCCUGUCGUCUCUGUCUCUGUUGAUUAAGCAAUUCGAUCCAAAGGAACAACCUUUCUAGGGUUUAGAUCAUGGACCGUGCUCAAUCGGAUCUCUCAUUAGGUUCCGGCACCUCCCACGCCUUGCCUCUACCUCCCCCGAGAAUCCCAAUCGCUGACGACUCAAUCACGCUUCAGCUCCUUGAGCAGAGAUUCGAUGGCCCCCGAUCUCGUAGCCGAGUCUUGGUCGAUAAAGACGAAGACUUUGAAGAAGACGAUGACGAUCAGAGGGAAGAUUUCAUCCUCUUAGGCCACCCGAUGAAGCUUAAACGGAGUAGACCUAGCAGCUCCACGUCAUCACCAACCCCCCCUUGUAAACGAUCAGCUAUUGAUUCAUCGUUAGAAGCUAGACGAUCCCUUGUGAAAGCCUGGGGCAACCAGCCACUCUCAGAAGCUGAUCCCGACCUCCACGAGCUCAUGGAGAAGGAGAAGCAAAGACAGUUCAGAGGAAUCGAGCUCAUAGCUUCCGAGAAUUUCGUCUGCAGAGCAGUAAUGGAAGCUUUGGGAAGCCAUUUAACCAACAAGUACUCAGAAGGCAUGCCUGGAGCGAGAUACUACACAGGGAACCAGCACAUUGAUCAGAUUGAGACUCUCUGCCAAGAACGUGCCCUCCAAGCUUUCGGACUUCGCCACGACCAGUGGGGAGUCAACGUGCAGCCUUACUCGUGCACCUCCGCGAAUUUCGCUGUCUUCGCCGGUCUUUUGUCGCCGGGGGAGAGGAUCAUGGGGUUGGAUUCUCCUUCGGGUGGUCACAUGAGUCAUGGUUACUACACGCCGGGUGGGAAGAAAGUCUCUGGCGCGUCUAUCUUCUUUGAGAGCUUCCCCUAUAAGGUGGACCCUCGUACAGGGUACAUUGACUACGAGAAGCUUGAGGAGAAGGCGCUUGACUAUCGUCCCAAGAUACUUAUUUGCGGAGGUAGUUCAUAUCCCAGAGACUGGGAGUUUCCUAGGUUUAGGUUUAUUGCAGACAAAUGUGGAGCUGUUCUGAUGUUUGACAUGGCGCAAAUCAGCGGUCUUGUGGCUGCCAAGGAAGCUCCGAAUCCGUUUGAGUAUUGCGAUAUUGUUACCUCGACAACGCACAAGUCUCUCCGUGGACCUAGGGGCGGUAUUAUAUUUUAUAGGAGAGGGUUUAAGGCUAAGAAGCAAAGCAUUAAUCUUAAUCACUGUGAGAGUAAUGCCCAAUAUGAUUUUGAAGAGAAAAUAAACUUUUCUGUCUUCCCAUCGCUGCAAGGAGGACCUCACAAUAACCAUAUAGCUGCUCUAGCUAUUGCUCUCAAGCAGGCCGCUUCACCAGAGUACAAGGUUUACAUGAGACAGGUCAAGAAAAACGCUAAGGCUUUAGCGUCUGCUUUGAUAAGCAGAAAGUGCAAGUUGGUAACAGGUGGCACUGAUAAUCAUUUGCUUCUUUGGGACCUGACUCCUUUGGGCUUGACAGGCAAGGUGUAUGAGAAAGUAUGCGAGAUGUGUCAUAUCACGGUUAACAAAGUUGCUAUUUUCAGCGAAAAUGGUGUUAUUUCUCCUGGAGGAGUGAGAAUAGGUAGUCCGGCUAUGACCUCAAGAGGUUGUCUAGAACAAGAUUUUGAGACAAUGGCUGAGUUUUUGUAUAGAGCUGCUCAGAUAGCAAGUGCUGCACUAAGGGAGCAUGGGAAGUUGCAGAAGGAGCCGCUCAAAAGCAUCUAUCACUGUAAAGACAUUGCAGAUCUUAGGAACCAAGUGGAGGGUUUUGCUUCUAAGUUUGCAAUGCCUGGCAUUUGAGAUUUGAGUCAGCCUUAAAAAUUUCAUAGCUCAUUUUUUUGCCAUGGUAAUCUAUAUCCACGCACCCAUUUCUCUAUUUUAUAGUUUCAUCUAUUUACAUUCCCUAAGUUUGCUAAACUUAGAUCAACAUUUGUAGGGGAAAAAACAAACAAACUUGCCUGUAUUGCUAUGGUUGUAAUUCUUCAAGGCUUGUGUACAUAGACAUUGGGGUGUGUUGGGGGUAUUAGUGUAUCCGUUUAUGUU